UCCUCCUCCUCCUCCUCCUCCUCCUCCUCCUCCUCCUCACCUCUCCAUCCAUCCCCCCAUCCCUGCCUCCCCGUCACUCACACUUCAGCUGGAAGCAGGCACGAUGGGUUGUCGUCUCACUCGGACUAAGAAUCACGAACAGGCUCGUCGCCGUCGUCGGGAGGAGGUGCGCUAUGUGGACGAGUACGGCCAGCCAAUCACCGUGCAGGUGGAUCAGAAGAGGGGGCGGGGCCACAGGAGGCGGCAUUCGCGCUGUGCCAUCGAAUGCAACGUCCCAACGGAGAGACACUGGGAGGCCCUGAGAGCCAUGGGGCUGAUGGAGGGGGAGAGCGGACAAGGGGACGGAUACAGCGCAGGGCCGUACUACAGUCACAUGACUGUGUCUCCUGAAAUGUACCCUGCCAGCACUCGCAGCAUGAUGCCAUCUGAUGUCUACCCACCCAAUGGCUACCUCCCCCGACCAUCCAGUGAGCAGCACCCAGCUAACAGCUACCUGCCCAGUGUCUCCUACAGUUUGGAUCACCUGGACAGGCUGGACUACCAGGGGGCAGACAUGAUGCCGUACCAGCCCAACUCAGAGAACUGUCUGGUUGGCUGCUACAGUGCAGAGGAGAUCGAACAGAAGAACUUCCCCCGACAACCGGAUUAUCGCUCUCCCUGGAGGCCUGACCCUCCUCUCGGUUACCUUCCUCUCAGUGAGCUGGAUAGUGGCCUGGGCUGCGGCCCUGAUAGCCCACAUCACCGGAUGCCGUUCUCUGAAGCUGAGACAGAUGCCAUGUCUUCCCUGCCGGGCCACACUGCCUCCUCGCAGGGUUCCUCAUCCUCUUCAGAGUCACUGAUCUCCUCGGAGCCCAGCGACUCGGGUUUCCACAGUGUCAGCACUGGCGAGCACCGCCGCCUGCACAAGAUUCAUGUUGGCCAUGCACACCGGCAGUCCCACCAUCUCCGCUCAGGCCACUCGCCCGGAGAGCAGAGAGGACGCUGGGAUCUGGAGUCCAUCCCUGAGACGACACCUGUGACCCACAGCGGAGGGCCUCAGGCAUCCCGGUGCACCGUGGGUAACAGCACUACCACCACAGUGCACUUCCACAGAGCUGAGAGAAGCCCCACGCUUCCUCGCCACCGCUCACCACCAUCGCCCUCCAUCGGUUGUCGUACUGAACCAUGCCAGCGGCGGGCACUGUGGUUGGAGCAGCAGGGAGGAGGUGGGACUAUCGAUGCUCCGGGACGUAGUCGAACAAUAACAGACCUGAGCGAAGGGCAGCGGCGCCGUCGAGCGAGUCACCCCAACAUGACGGAUCCAAGUGCACCGCUUCCUGGCAGCCAACAGGGCCCCAUUGGCAACACCAUGGGGCCACGCAGCAGGGCCAGUUAUCCCAGCAACUGUCACUCCACCUCCCACUUGAGCAUCGACCGGACCAGUCUGACCAAUCAGCAGAGCCCCUCCCGCAGCCGGGAGGAGGACUCACUCUCCAGGAGUCCAGGCUCCGCGUCCAGCGGGGCAUCUGACUGGCGAGGUAUUCAGACACUGGGGAGUCGAAGCAGCAAACCAAAAGGAGGUCCUGGAACUCCUUUCUACAGCACUCUGGGAGCUCCACAACGGAGCCAGUGCUCGCCACCCUCGCCUCGCUCCAGGCCGUCCAAUCAGAAAUCAGUCAGGAACCAGCUGCUCAGAGCCAGAGCGUACAGAUUGGCCAGGGAGCGCAGUGAAGUCACGACAGAUGAGGAGGUGCGAGGAGAGGGAGGCAUGCGAGGGGAGGAGGAGGGGGACGAUGGCCGGUGGGGUGGGCGAUACUGCAGCCGCACAGAGAGGAGGCGCCACCUGGCGCUGUCACGGCAACAACGUGAGAGGAGGAGUGGUGGGGAGGAGGCAGGUGGGAUGGGGCAGGGAGCACUGUCCUCUCAGACGGUGCUGGAGCUGAGCCACCUGAAGCAGAACCGGCUGAGGAACAGUAAGCUGCUGGAUGACUGGACCACAGUGGAGGAGCUGCUGACCCAUGGCACACGGGUGGAGAGUGACGGGCAGCUGUGUCCAAGUCCGCUGCUGUCUGUCACCACCGUCUGAGCACCGCACCAUUGCAUGACUGCAUACAU